AUGUCGACGAUGAGCGUACCAGAGAAGGGCGGUAUAUUCGACGCGUUGCGUGUCGAUUCUAACGAUCCGAAUGACUCGUUGAGGGAGGAAUCGUCGGUCACACCAAAGAUUGACGAGAAGAAUUUGGAAUACAUUGGAGAAGUGCUUGAAAGAAAGAAGUCGGUGGUUCCAUUCCUCACUCAGACUAUCAAUCAAUUGGCACUCGUCCGAAAUGAAAAAAUGGAACGGGCGGCCGAUUUGAUUUGUACUCUAUUCCGUCUGCCACAUGGAUCCACUGAUUGCUCAUUCUUCCGUCUCAUCAAAGUGCUCCGAUCAUUCGGAAUAUGGGAAAACGAUCCGAGACUGAAGCAAAUGUUCGAUCGAAUGAAGAAACACGAUGAGGAGAAUGAGGACUGUCGACAGUGGGCAAUGUCACAGGAGAAGUUUAAGGAAAUAAUCUUCCCAUGUACGAUUCUAAUCUCGCGUACACUCCGAAAUCAACUAAUCAUCCCGUCGUGGCUGGAAUUCACUCAAAUGAUCGAAACAAUUUUCGAAUCGUGUCGGGCGUCGAAAGAGGGUGAAGUCGCCUCGUAUAUCCCUCAACUCGCUCGUCAAAGUCCUCAUACGUGGGGAAUGUCGAUUUGUACGAUCGAUGGACAGAGAUUCUCGUUGGGCGAUUCGAAGAAGAAUUUCUGUUUGCAAUCCGUUUCGAAAGCGUUCAAUUAUGCGAUUGUCGCAUCGGAAAUUGGUAGUCACGUGUUGCAUCAAUACGUUGGACACGAGCCGAGUGGAAGGCUCUUUAAUGAGAUUUGUCUUGACUCGAAUAGUGAGUUUCCAACAAAAAGCGUUUUAAUUGAAAGAAAUUGA